AUGAAUAGUGCAGCGCUUAGCUUCGCUGCGUCUAUGUUCGAAAGAAAUGACACAGACAAUAAUACUCUGUCUGAUAUAGAUGCGGAAAUAUGUAUUCUUGGUGUUACAUAUAAAACUCCAAAUGAUAUGCAUGCCAUCACUGAUGAUGCUCUAAGUCGAUUUUGGUUUACCUAUCGAAAUGGAUUUGCUCCGAUUGGUGGUCCAUCGGGUCCUACACGUGAUACAGGCUGGGGCUGUAUGAUGCGUUGUGGUCAAAUGAUGUUUGCUGAAGCUUAUCUUCGAUUUUUUUUGCCAGCGGGCAGAUAUUUUCGAUGGCGCUCAAAGAUAACUGAUCCAAUCUAUUGGGAAAUUCUAAAUAUGUUUAUUGAUAAACGCCAUUCAUCAUAUUCUAUUCAUCAAAUCGUUCAAAUGGGUGAUUCCGAGGGGAAAAGUGUUGGACAAUGGUUUGGUCCGAAUACAAUUGCACAAGUACUUCGUCGAAUAGCUUCAAAUGAAUUUGAAAAACAAAUUCAUGUACAUGUUGCCAUGGAUAAUACAUUGAUACUUGAUGAAAUACGAAAACUAUGUCAAAUCAGUUCGAACAUACCUAAUUUAAUAAAAAAAUCAAAUGAUACACAAACACUUUGGAAACCAUUAGUGAUUAUUAUUCCUUUGAGAUUAGGCUUAAAUGAUGUUAAUGUUGAAUAUCUUGAUCAAAUAAAAUUAUGUUUUCGAUUGCCACAAACGCUUGGAUUUAUUGGUGGAAAACCAAAUCAUGCACAUUAUUUUAUUGGCUAUUUAGAGAGCGAUGAACUUUUGUAUUUGGAUCCACAUGUCACACAACCACAUAUCGAUGCAAUGAAUAGUUUUGAUGAUUCAUCAUAUCAUUGUGAUAAAGUUAAUAGGAUGAAAUUUUCUGGACUUGAUCCGUCGCUUGCUCUAGCAUUUGCUUGUAAAACUGAAAAUGAAUUUGAUGAUUUGAUAUCAAAAUUAAGACAAUAUCUUCCCGUAAGACCUAUGUUUGAAAUAUGUGAAACGAAUCCGUUUGAUGUCCUAGCACAAAAAACGGGCGAUCAUGAAGUGCUUUCCUUAAAUUCGGAUGAUGAUUUUGAACUUGUUUAA